CAAAAUCUAUCCCACAAUCCCCACUCACCGGCGGUGUAUUCAUUUGAAUGGUACAACUGUGAAACGCUAGCGGACCUGCACACAGAGUUGCUUUGGAGUUUAACCCGUUUUUCACGAUUUGGAUUUUACACACCUGAGGAGACCUCGUGUGUCUCACAACAUGAACAGAGUGUAUUUCUAUGGAGGCUGGUGACUUAAGCAUGUUUGGCUACGAGAAGUCUUGAAGGUGAACCAGAAUACAUCCACAUGGCUUUCUGCGAUCCUGCCUGCAUUUUUCUGCUGGAAAGAUCAUGAAGCAGGUGGAUAUUAUAAAUAAGGAAGAAUUAGAUAAAGAGAGAUUUCAAGUGCAUUACAGAGUACACAGCCCAGGCAAAGAGCAGCGAUUGUCAUCUUGCAAGAGGAAGGGUUGUCCAUUGGUGGAGGUGGGCUUAAAGCUGCACCGCAGAACAUCAGAUGUAGGCCGUACCCGUAACCUCGGCAUGGCCAACAAAGAAAAUGAGCUGACGUGCUCCGAUGAUGUGCGGGGCAUGCACUACUAUGACAACUGUGGGCUCCCUGUGAACUCUGCAGAGGCCUCCAAGAUGGCAGGGGCCAGCUCCAAGUACAGUGACUUUACUGAGCUAUCAAAGGACCAUGAAGCUAUGACUCAUGUCCUUUUUGGAAGGAACCUACGACUAAAAGUUGCCCAAACACUAUGGCGAAGAAACGCCAGUGAAUUAGUGGCCUACCUAAUAAGAAUUCAAGACACAGGGGUGCUGCUUGACUGUUUACCUGUCCUAACAAACAACCUUCAAACUGAAGCACCAUGUUUGUCACUUGGCUGCUGCGUUGACCUCAUGCCCCUUGUGAAAGUGAUUCUUGCCAGUAAAUAUGAAGAAAACAUAAUGGUGGGUUUACACUGGGUUCAAUCCGUCAUCAGGAAAUGGUGGCCAGAACUUUCUAAGAAUGAGAAAGGACUGCGGGACAGUUGUUUGGAAGACAGGAAUAUUGAAGUCAUGAAGCAGCGGCUGAAGGACUUGUGGAAGGACGGAGCCCGGUUGUGUUUGAUUCCAGGAUCUACGGGAGAACUGGCAAAGGCCAUCGAGUCUUAUCUAUCGCAGCUGCCCUGACAGUCGUCAGCGUAGCACUCUGAGGAUGUGACCACUACUGCCGCAUCAUGGCUGUGUUUUGAACUGAUAAUGACACCAGAAAAAUGGACUGGUUCAUUCUGCCACUCAAACCUCUUUCUGGGACUGAACUUGACAAUUCAGACAACUCCCUCAGUUCGAGCUGGAGACUCUCAAGGAGGGCUGAGAGAGCCUUUCUGCAAAAAAAGAAGAAACAACACAGCAAAUGAGUGCUUCACAUUGAAGUGGACCGUCUGGUGAAGGGGCAUAUUUAGUGGACCUCCAUGAGACUGGGUGUAACGUCGCUCUAUGAAGUGCCAAGCUCUUUGUCUCUCUCACUACACCACUCUUUGCCAUGGAAUGCAAAUGCACUUGUGGGUGUAAUAAAUGCUCCGCUGUUUUUAAUGUGUUUUUUUGCGCCUGGGUUCUCCGGAAUCAGGAACUUGAAUCUGCAUCGGUCUUAAGUUAUUAGAGCUCCUCCUGUUUUCAUUUUGCCUCUUCAUAUGACAUUUGACUGUAUAAUGUAAAUUGUAAAAACAAGUGAUUCUUUUAAACUUCUUUUAAAUAAAUUUGAUGAAAA